AUGUCUCAUGUCUCUACGCCUCCGUGGGUCAAGCCUGAGCCCAAGCUCGACUGCAUGCCGCCUGAGAUAAUCGAGAAAAUCCUUGGCUUCGCUAUUCCACCUGAACUCACCAUCACGGCGACGUAUCAACGUACUGUGCGACGUUGCAAAGGCGCUGGGUUGUGCACGCGCGACUGGCGACAAAGCCGCCCGUUCGUGUGGGACGCCAUCGAUUACGCCGAUAGAAGAAUGAGGUGGAGGUGGUCUGCCUCCUCGUCUCGAAGAAUGUUUGUCAGAUUGCGUCGAGAAUAA